AUGAAGUCGAUUACAAAUCUUGCACUUUGGUGCUCUUUUUUCACGGCGGGAGUUCAAGCUUUCCAGAACCCUAUCCGAAAGCCUGGACCUGAUCCCUCUGUGGUAUAUGCCGAUGGAUAUUAUCACCUAACAUAUACGACGUAUAACCACAUUGAGAUCACAAAAGCCAAAAAGCUUGGGGAUCUCAUCAACGGAGAAACAAAGACGAUAUGGACCGACACCAACAGAACCCGCAGCGCAAACAUGUGGGCACCUGAGAUUCAUCGAAUUGAUGACAUCUGGUAUAUGUUUUACUCCAGCUGUAAUGCAGACCUGCCGUGCUGCGAUAGCUGCGAGACUCGAGUUCUGAAAGGCUGCGAUGCCGCAGGUCCUUCAGACUGCGAAUACGAGCACCUGGCGGAUCUCGUUCCUCCAAAAGGCUCGCAGGGCCAAGCAGAUGGCAACUUUGCUUUCAGCAUUGAUGGAACGUAUUUGGAGAUCCCUGGCAAGGGGCGUUUCCACGUUCUGAGCAUUAUUAACAAAGACCUGUUGCAAUCUAUCGCCAUUACUCGUCUCGAUACUGAGAAUUGGACGGUUGACGGCUGGCAUGUCAUCUCAGUUCCAGACCAGCCUUGGGAGAUGAACACGACCAACUCGAACCCUAACUCUAUCACUGCUGUGAACGAGGCUCCUCAUCCUCUUUACCACAAUGGAGAGAUCUGGCUUUCUUACUCUGGAUCGUACUGCGGGACACCCAACUAUGCUCUUGGGCUCCUGCAUUAUAACGGAGGAGAUCCCUUGAAGGCUUCAUCAUGGGACAAGAUUGGCCCCGUCUUCUCCCAAGCCAAUGGAAACUACGGCACCGGACAUAAUUGCUUCUUCACAUCGCCCGAUGGAAGGCAAAUCUGGAACGCGUUCCACGCAACCAGCAACUCGCGGGGCUCCUGCGGUGGGGACAGAUUUACCCUGGCUCAGCUGGUCACUUUCAAGCCUGGCCAAACCCCAGAAUUUGGUGUGCCGCAACCCCUCUCUGCAGUUCUGGAUCCUCCCAGCGGAGAGUAG